AUGGCCGAUGAAGAGUGUACAAAUGAUACAGAAGUUCUUGAUGAAGAGCCACGUAGCAUUUUGCUAGGACUCAUCUCUCAGCUACGCAAGGGAAUGGAUUUGCAUAGGGUGACUCUACCAACAUUUGUUCUUGAACCACGAAGCAUGUUAGAAAGGAUCACUGACUUCAUGAGUCACCCUGAGUUAAUUCUAGGAGUAUCAAAGCAAAAUAAUGAACUCCAACGAUUCGUAAACGUUGUGAGAUACUACUUAUCUGGAUGGCAUAUAAAGCCUAAGGGUGUAAAAAAACCAUAUAAUCCAGUAUUAGGCGAACAUUUUCGUGCAAGAUGGAAAUUCCCGGAUAAUACUGAGAGCUUCUUUGUAUCCGAACAAGUGUCUCAUCAUCCACCAAUUUCUGCAUAUUACUAUGCGAGUCCAGAGAACAAUUUAAUCAUUUCAGGUGAUAUACGACCCAAAUCAAAAUUUCUAGGAAACAGUGCAGCAACGCUGAUGCAAGGUGAAUCCCAGAUCUUUUUCACUAAUCGCCCUGGUGAAGUUUACCAAAUUACGAUGCCAAAUGUAUAUGCACGUGGCAUUCUAUUCGGAAGAAUGGUAUUAGAACUAGGAGAUAAUGCUACUGUUCGAUGUGAAAAAAAUGAUUUAGUUUGCGAGCUUGAGUUUCGGACAAAGGGCUUUUUCACAGGAUCGUAUAACUCUAUUUAUGGAAAGAUAAAGCGAGAAUCUACAGGAGAGUGCCUUUAUGAAAUUACUGGGAAAUGGUCAGACAUUAUGCACAUUAAGAAUCUUACGACUGGAAAAAAAGAAGUAUUAUUUAGUGUUCAGGAGUCUAAGAUAUAUCCAAAGAUUGUAGCUCCAGAGGAAGAGCAAGAAGAAAACGAAUCUCGGCGGUUAUGGUCAAAGGUCACAAAUGCCUUAAUAGGGAGGAAUUUGGAUCUCGCUACGGAUGAAAAAACGAUAAUUGAGGACAAUCAACGUAAUGAAGCCAAACUUCGAGAAGCUGAAGUAUAA